GUUAAUUCGAAAGUGUCAGUGUGGGGUGACCGCAGGCUCCGGACCGCCGUAAGCGAGUCCCCGGUCUCUAAGGCGACUGGGUGACAUUGGUGCCACGGCUUUGUCCCGUUACCCCUGGCAACGCCGUGAGACGGAGGUCCCCCUUUCUGCAGCCCAACUGACUUAUUCCUGCAAUUUUGCGAAAAGUCACCGCACAAGGACAAUCAGGAACAACACAUUUCAUUAACAUAGCAUAGGUUACUGAAAAAGCCCAGCUCUCUUUAUUUUAUCAUCAAUCAAAGGGAUACAAUCCGGAGUGAAUCAUCCUCCCCCUCGUCCCGAAAUGAGAAAAAUAGCCGCUUUUCCAGUAAGCGGGAUAAUGCAGCGCAAAAUACGACGAUAAAAGAGACAAAAGACAAUAUAAAUAAUACUGAGACUAAUAAAAGUGCGGGGAAAGCUUUAAAAACAAUAUAGGGAAAAGAGAGUGAACUGCGUUCUCCGUCACCAAGAAAGGGAAACGUUAUCGCCAGCGCUGGCGAAGCGGCUUCAUAGGUACGAUUAACAUGCGCUCUCCUUUGAUGAAAUGCAACUGCGUGGAAAUGGUAAAACUCAGGGAAUGGACAACCGAGCUGUAUUUGAAAAUAUAGCGUUGGCCCAGGUGCAGUGUCUACAUGCUAUAGUAGGACACUCAGCUGCAGUGAGAGACGUGACUGCACCGCGGCAAAUCACGCAGCAUCUGAAUCAGGGAACAAGUGGUUACUGGGAACUGUGGCGGGGUGAGUGGGGGCCUCCUUAAUUAUAAUUGGUACACUAUUGACAUGCAGCACAGAGGCUCUGCACGCUACAGUAACAGGGAGCCCUCAAGGACAACCCAGUACGAGCCAUCAGAAGGAAAUAUCCUGAUGUAGAAUGACAGCGACUUUGUCCCAGUCCAGAGCCUCAUACGAGGAACCCAGGGGGAUGAAAAACUCUGCCCUUUGAAGAUGUGACAUGAAUGCCAGGGGACAUAUGGAGCUUUCCUUUGCUAGAUAUUUAUUUAUUCACUAGGGAACAGGCCUUUGCAAUCAUAAUGGGAAUUUUAAAGAGGGGUAUUCCUGAAUACAUGAUAAGAUUUUACUGUAUGACUGGGGGCCGCUUUAAAUAGGGAACGCAGUUAUUUAAUAUUUAGUGUAGUAACUAUUUGUUGUCAUCAGGGGGAUCCCAAAUCUCGGGGGCCCCACACAAAUGCACAGUUUGAAUGGUGAUGAACGCCACCAUCACCGAAAGUAACACCUGUCCCGGUAUAAUCGAUCUGUGUGUGGUAAAUAGAGCAAGAACUGUAGUGAUGCAGAGUUUGGCUCCAUCGUACCUUGAAGCUUUCAGAGCAGAUUGAAGAGGAUUGGUUCAUAUUACGGGCGCGCGGACUCCCGAGUUCUCCGAAGACGGCCAUGCGGCGUGGAGAGAAAGCAGCGUGGCGGAGUGACGCGCAGGGGCGGGAGGAGAGGAGAGCGGAGGCCCGGCUGGCGCAGGGCUUGCGCAGGCUGGACGAGGCGUGCCUGUACCACCUGAGCACACUGACCAGGGAGCAGAGGCGCCUGUGCCGUGACCUGGGUGCGCUGCGCACAGGUAAUUCAUGGAAGAGGAGUUUUUCCGAUUUACAGCCCCGACCUUGGGGGUGUGAUCUCAAUCAGCCGGUCUUGUCAUACAAGAGGACUGUAUUACCCAGAAUUCCAUGUGCUACGAGACUUGACAAACACUGCUCCCGGGAGCAAAAGCCCACGGGCACUGCUGGCUCCUCCUCUGGGCUCCAGGCUCGGAUUCGGGAUUUUGUGACCGGCGGAGAGCCGCAGUGGGAGUCCUCCAUGGUGCCAGUGUCCCUGCCAGACCUCAGGGGGAAGACUGGGAGUGGGCUCGACACAGACGAUCCAAAUAAGACGAGGAGGCAGAGCGAGAGGAAUGUGGACACGGAUGCUGGGACAUCAACGGAGGGUGAUGUGGCUCAAUCCCCCUCCACCCCACCCCUGGCUCGGCCGUUGGCCCCAGACGGGCGCCUAAGAACAGUGCACACAUUUCCCAGCUUUCCCCAGGCUUUGGCCGAGGCCCGGAAAGCGCGGUACCUCCGGCACCGUGGACAGCCCCUGUCGGAGAGGGAGCUCUCCGUGGGGGAGAUAUUUGGCAGGACCCCCUAUGAUUCCUCAACAUACUGUCCCUGAAUGUAUCAGCUUGUCACCUGACCUCACUUUGAGCCUGUGUGACGUCAUGACGCGUUCCCUGACAAAGUGUGUCUGCAUGUCACAGAGGGCGUUGAAAGACCGCGUUUGUGCCAGAUAACGUAUUUAGCGUUUUGAUUAACAUUUUUAUUCCAAUAUAUGGAGGUUUAGGGUGCCGCCGUAAUUUAGGGUGUAUCUCAGGGUGUAUUAUGACACGUCCAUCUUAAAAUAUUUAAUAAUUCUGACUUCAAGUUAUUAAUUAUUUAUGCCUAAUUACACAUUGAAUAGAUUUACUAUACCACGGCAAUGUAUCUAAGUAAUAAGAAAAAAUUAUUUAAUCACAUUUUACUGUUUGUCGUAGUAUUUGAUCGGUAUUAGACUAUGAAAUAUAAAGCUAUCGUAAGGAAAAUAUUAUGGAUUUAUGUUAAGCUUAACUGAACGUUACUGUAACCCUUUGUUUAGUCUGUCUUUUUUGAGUUUUUAAAAUAUGAUUUUAUGCCAGUUUCAACACACUGUGUUAAACCUUGGUGUUUUUGUGUAAAUGGAAAGGCAGUUUGUUUUUAACAAAUACAGAUAAUUGUGCGCGUCUGGUUUUUA